CCUGUCCAGGGCAAGGCAAGCAACUUGCAGUGAUACACUUGGGAGAGUCCUCUUUAUGUGUUUGAACUAAGGACCCCCGAAUAUAAAACAAUAAGCAACUACUGAGCAGACAGUAAGAAAUGGGUGACUGGAGUUUCUUGGGGAACAUUUUAGAGCAGGUGAAUGAGCAAUCCACUGUCAUCGGGAGAGUUUGGCUCACAGUGCUCUUCAUUUUCCGCAUCCUGAUCCUGGGAACAGCUGCCGAGCUAGUAUGGGGAGAUGAACAGUCAGACUUUGUGUGCAACACCCAGCAACCUGGUUGCGAGAACGUCUGCUAUGAUGAGGCCUUCCCCAUCUCCCACAUCAGGCUCUGGGUCCUGCAGAUCAUUUUUGUAUCCACGCCUUCGCUAAUGUACUUUGGGCAUGCGGUGCACCAUGUUCGCAUGGAAGAGAAGAGGAAAGAGAGGGAGGAAGCUGAGAGGCGUCAGCAAGCUGAGGUGGAUGAAGAGAAGCUGCCCCUGGCUCCAAAUCAAAACAAAGGCAACAACCCUGAUGGGACCAAGAAGUUUCGCCUGGAGGGUACCCUCCUGAGAACCUACAUCUUCCACAUCAUUUUCAAAACCCUCUUUGAGGUGGGAUUCAUAGUAGGUCAGUACUUCCUUUAUGGCUUCAGAAUUCUCCCCCUUUACCGCUGUGGGCGGUGGCCCUGUCCCAAUCUUGUGGACUGUUUUGUCUCCAGGCCCACGGAGAAGACCAUCUUUAUUAUGUUCAUGCUGGUGGUGGCUUCCGUGUCCCUCUUCCUCAACCUGGUGGAGAUCAGUCACUUGAUCCUGAAAAGGAUCCGGAGGGCUCUGAAAAGACCAGCGGAAGAACAGCUGGGGGAGGUCCCAGAGAAGCCCCUCCAUGCCAUUGCAGUCCCCUCCAUCCCGAAGACCAAAGGCUACAAGCUGCUGGAAGAAGAGAAGCCGGUGUCACACUAUUUCCCUCUCACGGAAGUAGGGGUUGAGCCCAGUCCCCUUCCAUCAGCCUUCAAUGAGUUUGAGGAGAAGAUUGGGAUGAGACCAUUGGAAGAUCUCUCCAGAGCAUUUGACGAAAGGUUACCAUCAUAUGCACAAGCAAAAGAACCAGAAGAGGAGAAGGUAAGAGCAGAGGAGGAGGAACAGGAAGAGGAGCAGCCAGAACCUCAGAAAGAGCCAGGGGUGAAGAAAGAAGAGGAGGAGGUAGUGACCGAUGAAGUGGAAGGGCCUUCCGCACCUGCUGAACUCGUCACUGAUAUGAGACCCCUCAGCAGGCUAAGUAAAGCCAGCAGCCGGGCCAGGUCAGAUGACUUGACUGUAUGA